AUGGAGUUUUCUGUAGUGAAGAAGCUGAUCUUUAUUGUGACUGUGCUGUUUGUUGCCUUCUCGAGCAUCGGGAGGCUUCAGGUUUGCAACGCGCAAAGCUUGUGCAACGUGCCCUAUUCUGGACUAAUGGAAUGCAAGCCAUCUGUGACACCUCCAAAUCCUACCGCGCCUUCCGCCAGCUGCUGCUCUGCACUCUCGCAUGCCGACCUUCGAUGUCUUUGCUCCUACAGAAACUCCAACCUGUUGCCUUCCCUUGGAAUUGAUCCAAACCUUGCCAUGCAGCUCCCCGGAAAGUGCAAACUUCCUAAUGCUGCUCAUUGCUAA